CUUUGGGCGUUAUCAGUUCAAUUCAUGUGGCUCUGUUUUUGUAAAUAGGAACUUACUCAUCAUGAAACAAGCUGUAUUUAAACAAUGAAGAAGGCCUUGCUGGUGUUAGCCAUUAGUUUCCUAUUGAUUGUUAUUGCCGUUUUUCACAUCAGCCAGAAUCACCAGCUCAAGAAAACCGUGUUCCAGUCCUCCCCGAUUAAAGCCAUCAGACAUUACCUCAAGCUUGUGAAUGAAACAGAAGAAUUUUUUGACUCGAUAAAAGAUACAAACAGGAGCCUCACAGUAGUUACCGCGUUUUUUAAUAUUGGAAGUUUUCCUAAAGGAAAUCUAGGUACGAUUCGGAAAUCUAAUGACUAUAAUGUUUGGAUGAGAACAUUUCAGUACAUGCUCAAUCCUGUAGUGUUCUACACAGACAAUAAAACAUAUGCAGACUUCUUCGUGCAACUCAGGAAAAACGCCUCUUUACAUACAGAAGUAAUUCAUAUAAAUCGGUCAGAGUUAUGGGCUUUUAAAAUAAUUCCAAAAAUCCGGAAAAUAUAUUCAACCCCUGGAUACCCACGCCAUUAUCCAAACACGUAUAUCCCGGAAUAUACAAGUCUGACCCACUCUAAACAACAGGUUUUGGCUGAUUCUGUGACUAGACAUCCGUUUGAUACAGACUUUUACUGUUGGCUGGAUGCUGGAUAUUUUAGGGACAAUGUUUAUCGUGAAAGAAAAUAUUGGAUGGAAGUUCCAGACGAUUUUAAUAAAUCUCGAAUCGGAGUGACUCGUGUGUUCUAUUCGGAUUUGAAACGGACGAGUGCAAGAACUAUAAUUCUAGGAAAUAUGAAUUGGAUCGGCGGAGGACUUUUCUUAGGAACACCAGAUGUUAUUCUAAAGUUCCAUGAUCAAUAUAAAAAGGCUGUGAUGCGCUAUCUAAAACAAGGAUUAAUGAACGUAGAACAACAUAUAUUAUAUGCAAUGUAUACACAACAAGAGAGGAAAAAGUACCCAAUAGAAGUAGAAGUGCAAUUAUAUAUACCGGGGCAGAGACGCGUCAUUAAUGGGAACCCGUGGUUUUAUUUAGGUUACCUGAUGUAUAGAGAAGAACCCAAACAAACAUAA